ACUGCAUCACAUCAACUUCACCAACACCUACCAGGACUAUUCAGUUAGGCCUGCCUCUUUAUACAUCUCCUUACGCCAAGAAACCGCCAUCAUGUCUUUCGGGAAGCUGUACAGCUACAAAGGCAACGCGCGAACGCCUGCCAUCCUCGCCGUAGCCAAGGAGAAUGGCCUCGACAUUGAGCUUGUCGAGACUGUUCCAGGAAAUGGCCUCUCUGCCGAGUACCUGAAGCUCAACAAGCUCGGAAAGAUCCCUACCUUUGAGGGCGCCGACGGCUAUGUUCUCACCGAGUGCAUUGCGAUCGCUGUUUACCUCACCUCGCAGAACGAGAAGACCACCCUCCUCGGCAAGACCAAGCAAGAUUACGCUUCCAUCCUGCGAUGGAUGUCUUACGCCAACAGCGAGGUCCUUCCUCCUAUUGGUAACUGGUUCCGCCCUCUCGUCGGCCGUGACCCGUACAAUAAGAAGAACAUCGACGACGCGCAGAAGGCCGCCACCAAGGCUAUAGCCACCUUCGAGGAGCACCUCCUCACCCACACAUACCUUGUCGGCGAGCGUCUGACUCUGGCUGAUCUCUUCGCUGCUGGCAUCGUCGGCCGUGGCUUCGAAUACUUCUACGACAAGGCGUGGCGGGCGGAGAACCCCAACACUACCCGAUGGUUCGAGACCGUACGUAGCCAACCCAUCUUCACGAGCGUGGUCGGUGAGUUCAAGUUCAUCGACGAGGCUAUCAAGAACACCCCACCGAAGAAGGAGGCCCCCCCCAAGAAGGAGCAAGCAAAGAAGGAAGCGCCAAAGCCCAAGGCUAAGGCUGUCGAGGAGGAAGAUGACGAGCCAAAGGAGGCACCCAAGCCCAAGCACCCGCUUGCGCUUCUACCGCGCCCUACCUUCGAUUUGGACGAGUGGAAGCGACAAUACUCCAACCAGGAAACUCGUGAGGUUGCGCUACCGUGGUUCUGGGCGAACGCGAACUUUGAGGAGUACUCGAUCUGGAAGGUUGACUACAAGUACAACGACGAGCUGGCCAUGACUUUUAUGAGCUCUAACUUGAUUGGCGGAUUCUUCACCCGCCUCGAGGCUAGCCGCAAGUUCAUCUUCGGCGCCGCGUCCGUCUAUGGCGUGACUAAAGACUCUGUCAUCCAAGGCGCGUUUGUCAUCCGCGGUCACGAGGCCCUUCCGGCCUUCGACGUCGCUCCCGACUACGAGAGCUACGAGUUCACCAAGCUGGACCCCACCAAGCCUGAGGACAAGGAGUUUGUAGACGACCAGUGGUCGUGGGACAAGCCUAUCAAGGUCGGUGACAAGACCUACGAGUGGGCCGACGGAAAGGGCGCCGGAGGAGGUCCGUCUGAAGACAACGUGACGGGAUUUCUGGUUCGGUCAAAGGCAUCAAAGUGGUCAAAGAACUCAGUGUUGGCAGUCGAUGCCGGUUCCCAUCUGGCAGCCAUUACCCGCAUCCUCGAACAGGACUUCCCGCUAGUCUCCGGGACAAAUCCAGCAGAUCUUCCCUCAUCUCGGAACGGGGACCACAAGAACGGCAACGGCAAUGGCCAUGGCAAUUACUCACCCAGCCCGCGGACUGUAGGUGUUUCUAACUCAGACGAUGAGGAUUCAGACGACUCGGCUUCUUCCGCUGGUAUUGCUCUACCCCCUAUCACGACACUCGAAACUGGUCCUUUCGAAGGACUCCCCUUUCCGCACGCUUCAGCCCGAGCAAACGCUCUUCAUGUUGUCCGCGAACAUGUAUCAACUUACCUCAUAACGCAUCCCCAUCUUGACCAUGUCUCCGGCUUCGUCAUCAACACAGCCGCUUUUCAUAACACCUCAAGACCAAAACGACUCGCAGCGCUCCCUUUCACUGUCAACGCUAUCAAAACGCACCUCUUCAACAACGUCGUCUGGCCGAAUCUCACGGACGAGGACGGCGGCGUUGGCCUCGUAACGUUCCAGCGCCUACAAGAAGGCGGUAACAUCGCUAUCGGCGAGGGUCACGGCCGCGGCUACAUUGAAGUCUGCGAUGGGCUCAGCGUUCGUGGCUUCAAGGUCAGCCAUGGUCACUGCAUGCGCGGACCUGGUCACGUCCAUCGCGGGAGCAACGCCAACCUCCCUGAAGCCCCAGGUUCCGCAUCCAUUCAGCACUCUCACCACCACAGCGCAAGCAUCAACGCUGUUACAGCCGCCGACGCCGCUCGCGAAGGCCGCUCACACUCUUUCUCCCUCCCCUCCCAACCCGGCACCCCCCUCUUCUCCGGCAGCACCACCGACGGCUCACGCGUCAACACUUCAGCUCACACACAGCAAGACCAGUGCGUCAUCGACAGCAGCGCCUACUUCAUCCGCACCGAAACCCCCUCAAUAUCCGCUUCCCACCCCCCUCACGCCCGCGAGGUCCUCAUCUUCGGCGACGUCGAGCCAGACUCCCUCUCCCUCUCCCCGCGCACCGCCCACGUCUGGGCCGAAGCCGCGCCCAAAAUCGCCGCGGGUAUCCUCACCGGCGUCUUCAUCGAAUGCAGCUACAACAACUCACAGGGCGACGCUGUGCUCUACGGCCAUGUUGCCCCGCGGCAUCUGCUCGCAGAGCUGCAGCACCUCGCCGACCUCGUCCGCGACGCGCGCCACGAGCUAAAACAGGCAGCCGAGGAAGCGCGCAAGGGGCGGAAGCGGAAGCGGACGAGCAACGGCUUCCUGGGCCUUGCGGACGGCGGCGGGCCGGAGCGCGAGAGGAAGGGGAGGAUCUUCAGCGGGAGCAUGGCGCUUGCGCUCGAUGCGGCUGCGAACUCGAACCCUUAUGCGAACGCGUACGCUAGUGGUGAUGAGACGAUGACGGAUGCCGCGCUCUCGCCGACGCCGUACUUGAGUCGUACAACGACAACGGCGACGGGCACGGCGACGCCGGUGGGGGGCCAGCCGACGCUGACGCCGCAGCAAUCGGCGGUGGGGCGGGAGGAGCUGCCGCCGUUGAGGGGCCUGAAGGUCGUGAUUAUGCAUGUUAAGGAUACGUUGGCUGAUGGGCCGCUGGUUGGGGAGAGUAUCCUGAAGGAGUUGGAGGAGGGGGAGAGGGUGCUUGCGGAGGGGGGGAGGGGGCUGGGGUGUCAGUUUGUAGUUAGUAAGUCAGGUGGAAGUUAUUGGUUCUAG